CAAAUACUUCCAUUAUCAGGAAUUAAUUGUUAAUUUGGCAGAAUCUGGGCAAAGUUGAAAUCAGUUCCUUCUUAUACAAAGCACAUACAUGAGCAUUUGUAUUCACAAUAAACAAGUCAAAUCAACAAGUCUGAUCAUAGUUCUAGUUAGUUGUUCAAUAGAUAUGGCGCUCGAGAGAACAACUUGUGGGGUUUUCAUAGGGAUUCUUGCGAUACUUGGAGCAGCUUUUGGAUGUCCCUCUGAUAUCUGCCAGUGUAAUAAUGACGACAUUAUAUGCUGGGGGCAGGGAAUAGGAAAGGUUCCAGAGUUUAAAGUUUCUGAAAAUGAUCUAACCCAAGUCUACAAUACGCUACAUUUAGAAGCUAAUGACAUCGAAGAACUUCCACCAAAUGCAUUUGGAAACCUACAGGUGCGUCGCAUUAUGCUUGGUGCCAACCCCCUCGGAAACUCCAUCUCCCCACUGGCGUUCACGGGCCUCGAACGCUCACUCGAGUCGCUGGAUCUCUGGGGUUGUGACCUCGAUCAGCUACCCAGUGGUGUAUUUCAAAACCUGUCGGCGCUGAAAACGAUCGACCUCACGGACAACAACUUUGAUUAUAUUCCUAUAGAGGAAUUGAGAGAUGUGAAAGGUCUACGGCGACUAAGCAUGGAAAGUAACAGUCUAAAGGCUGUUCAGAAGGGAUCUUUUGGCGAGAUCAAUCAAAUAGCCGAGCUACAGUUGCAAUACAACCGUAUUUCUGAAAUUGAAGAGGGAGCAUUUGCCGGUUUGAGUAAUCUUCGACGACUGAGGUUACAUAAUAACAGAAUAAGCUCGUUAACUCCCGAUGCAUUUACAGGUUUGGACAAUCUCGGGGAGCUUGAUAUGUCAGGAAAUCCACUCGGGAAGCUUGAUAAGGGUGUCUUUUCAGCGUUGUCACGUUUACAAUCUUUGUCACUCGGGCAAACGAAUUUGGAUCAAAUCGAAGCUGGUGCGUUUGCUGGUUUGACUCAUUUGAAAAUCCUCAAGUUGGAUCACAACAAACUUACGGCCCUUCCCGACAGCGCGUUCCCCGCGCUCACACACCUGAGCGUUCUGGACUUGAGUCAUAACAAGUUCGUCGAUCUCGGCGACGCCUGCCUCAGCCGCAUGUUGCUUUCUAGCCUUAUCAAUCUCGAUAACAACCCCAUUGUAUGUGAUUGUAAGAUGGAGUGGCUGAGAGAUAUGGAUUCUGAUCGUGUACGUGGGACAUGUGCCGGGCCGAAGGGGAUGGAAGGUCGAAGCCUUUCUCGAGAAGAUAACUUCAUGGAAUGUCCUAUUCCCAUGUGUGAAGAACUAGCCGAACCGCUUCAGUAGGUUCCAACCCCGGGGGUCCAACGACCUCAUUUACCGAAAAUCAACCUUCGUGAACUAUAUUUUAUUCAGUUACGUUGUUGAUUUUGAAACUAUAAACUUAUAUUUAAUGUUAAACUACUGAAACAUUAUUGAAUGCUAUAUUGGCUAUACGAUGGGACGACUAGGCAUAUACCUCAAUAUGAAAACAUACACUUAACAGUACCACCAUCGGGACUCGGCCAACGUUAGAAAGAUGAAAUAUCUACAAGUGCCCACGUUCACUUCCAAAAGUUUGGCAACCCUAACUUUCCCAUUGGCACUGAGGAAUAUACCCAAGUCCAAUGUAAAUAAAUUAUCUCAAGUGAGAAUUUGUGGCUUUCCCGAAAUCAAUUGCAGGAACAGAAUAUCCAUUAAUUCCAACUUUCGUACAUACUCGCAUAACAAUAUGAUUUUAAGACCUUGGAUAAUAUCCAAGAUGAUUUUCGUAACUUGAAAAAAAUAUAAAUCGAAAGAAUAGAAUAGAUCCGAAUCUUCAAUUUAUAAGACUUUUAAGUGUAAAAUUUAAAUCUUUAUUUUUCGACCAAUUAUAAUUAAAUCAUUAUUUCCAACUCGAAAUGUUUAUUAUUACAGGAUUUUUGAAUGAAAAUUCAAACAUGAACAGAAUUGAACACGAAGUUAGAGAGUAAGGGCUGCCACACUUAUGGAGUGGAGGGUAGACUACCUCAAGUACAUAUUGUAUUCGAAUUCUAUGUUGCAAUCAAUCAAAUAAAAUCAAUUAUGAAACUGACCAAAAAGGAACUAAGAAUACAUUGUUAUGAAUUGUUUAUUGCACUCUGUAUCAUGACCUACAUUCUCUCCCUGGCUGGAAGAAAUGCAAAAACAAAUGACUUAGCAAGCCAACCCGACAAACUGAUCAUGAUAUAUUAUAACAUUUUAUAAUAAUAUAAGUACAGUAAAGCUAUUUACAUCAGUCCGCUGGCUUCAUUCAAUUUUAUAAACUCUAUAAAAAUUAUAUCAUGAAUUAUAUACAUACAGAAUUCAUCUAAACCACAUUAAAUGUUUUUGGAAUGUUCAGUAAGUUGAAUACUACACGCGAAAUAAA